GUGGAUCUUGUGCUGCAAUAGGCAGAAAUAUAUGCUGAAAAAUAUAGUUGUGACUUACAAAUACCCAUUUUCUGUUUUAGAUGGCUGGAAGAAUACGUCCUUGUGAUAAAGACAUAUUUUUCUUGGUACUACAACACAUUUUGCUUCAUCAUAUUGCACAAAUUGGUAUUGUCAUUGCAUAUAUAGCUGAGGCUGAAUCAAGGAAAAGAAAACGUGGGACUGCAGUACCUAAAUAUGGCAUGAUUUGUAGGAUGCCUGACCAAAUAAAACAUCUAGAUCGAAUGAUAGGUUACACGGACAUUGAUUGUAUUUCUAACUUACGUAUGGACCGUAGUACCUUUGGGAGACUAUGUCAAAUCUUGAGGGUAAGAGGGGGUUUAGUUAAUGGUAAUUAUGUUACAGUAGAGGAACAGGUUGCCAUAUUUUUGUCUAUGUUGGCCCAUCAUAAAAAAAAUAGGGUAGUGAGAUUUGAUUUUUGGAGGUCUGGGCAAACAAUAUCGCAUUAUAUCCACGCGGUAUUAGAAGCAAUUAUUAGAUUACAUGAUAUCUUCUUGGUUAAGCCCGAGGCUGUCACAGAUGAAUGCACGGACACGCGAUGGAAAUGGUUCAAGGGGUGUCUAGGCGCAUUAGACGGGACCUAUAUCAACGUAACAGUGAGCAAUAGUGACAAACCUCGAUAUAGGACAAGGAAGGGGCAGAUCUCUACGAAUGUCUUAGGCGUUUGUGAUCAGAACUUGAACUUUGUUUACGUCCUUUCCGGGUGGAAAGGUUCAGCCAACGAUUGUAGGAUCUUGCGAGACGCAUUGAACAUACCACACGGAUUAAAAGUUCCCAAGGGAAAAUACUAUUUGUAUGACAAUGGUUACGCAAAUAGCGAGGGUUUUCUAACACCUUUUAAAGGUGUUCGAUACCACCUCAGAGAGUGGGGUCCUAAUUCUGCUCGACCUCAAAACAAAGAGGAACUUUUUAACCUGAGACAUGCUAAGGCACGUAAUGUGAUUGAGAGGGCUUUCGGGAUAAUGAAGAUGAGAUGGGGGAUACUAAGAUCUACAACAUUUUAUCCGAUAAAGGUCCAAAAUAGGCUAAUAAUGGCAACAUUUUUAAUUAACAACUUUAUCCGCAAACAAAUGGCUGUCGACCCAAUUGAAGAGCAAUACGAUUCGAUGGUUCAAGAUGGUGAUGUGGAGGUUGAACCUCCUAACUUUAUUGAUAAUGUCGAGACUUCUCCCCAUUGGAACACAGCUAGAGAUACUUUGGCGAAAGGAAUGUGGCAGCAGUAUAUUACUUCUGCCUAAAAUAUGUCUCCCUACAACAGAUUUCAUGAAUGGAGGCCAUGUCUGAAGUUUCACAUACCACCCCCUUUUGUAGUUGCGGUCACGGAGCAAUGAAACUGAAGUGCGCUGGUCCCGGAGCAAAUUUUCCGGGUCGAUAUUACUACAAAUGUCCACUAAAAGGCAAUCACCCCAAUGGAUUCUAUUGGUACGAUGAGUAUCACGGUACGUGUUCAAGGAGGUCAGCCUCUUCCACCAAUUCUCCAAUUCAGAACUAUCAACCACGAGCGCAUUCUCAAUUCAUGCCACCUGCUGUCUUUGAUACGGCUCAAGAUAUAGUUCAUUGGAGCGUUGGCCUGCAUUCUCCACUUGGAUAUCUUGAACUUAUAACCUUGAUCCUGUUUUUGGCCAUCGUGUUAGUUGUUGUUGGAAUUGUGAUGGGCAAAUUUAUGUAAGGGGAUGGUUCA